GCUCAACCUAAACAUCAUACAUCUUUUCGAUCAUGGCUAGUAGCAAAGUUGGUUUCCUCGCUCUCCUUGUUUUGGGAAUUCUUGUGAUGGGGAGCAAUGUGGAACAUGUAGAGGCCCAAAUCUGCCCUCAAUUCUGUGAGGCGGAUCUAGAGUACAAGAUAUGCCCUCCAAGCAAGGAAAAAAUCAGAGACAUAUGUGAAAAUUGCUGCACAAUAGGAAACUCCGGCUGCCAACUCUACCGCAAGGAUGGAUCUCCUAUCUGUGCUUGAUCAUAUCUUCCUUGCUUCUUAAUUAAUUCAACGCAAAAUUAAAAUAUAAUCAACCAUAUCUUCACAAAUAUAUGCAUUUUCUAUACAUUUUUAAUUAAAUAAUAAUUAUUAUGGUUGUACUAUGAAUUGUUGUUUCAAUAAAUGAAUAAUAA